GGUGCUGCCAGUUCAGUCGUGAGAACGGGUCGUGUUGAUUUCAGAAGUCAUCAUGGCGCUCACUUCCCCAGUCAAAGAGCACCCAUAUAGCCAUCUAAUCGACACACUGAAAGAUGGCAGGAUCAAGUUCUUCAAUCUACAGAAAUUAAAUGAUCCAAGAUAUGACAAGCUGCCUCUAUCCAUCCGUGUCUUACUGGAGGCAGCAAUCCGUAACUGCGAUGGCUUUUACACAAAACAAGAAGACGUCCAGAACAUUCAAGAUUGGCAGCAGCAGCAGAAUAAAGCCGAGGUGCCGUUCUCUCCAGCGCGAGUCCUUCUCCAGGACUUCACUGGUAUUCCUGCCAUGGUGGACCUGGCAGCCAUGAGGGACGCUGUGGCCAAACAUGGCGUGGAUCCCAGCCUGGUCAACCCCAAAUGCCCCACAGACCUCAUCGUAGAUCACUCAUUACAGAUUGAUUAUAGCAAAUGUGCCAUACAGAAUGCUCCAAACCCAGGUGGAGGGGACGGCCCAAACCAGAGCCAGGGUCCUUCCCGUUCCGCACCCUCCAGGCGAGGCUCUCACUGUGGGGGCCAGCGGGGCUCGUGUAGUAAAGCUGCCUGCAGUGACCCUCCAGCCUCCCCAGGUCGACCUGCAGCAUCUGUCCAGCAGAUCGAGAAUACGCCUCUCCUCUGCCCUUUCCACCUGCAGCCAGUGUCAGAACCUGAAACAGCUCUGAAGAAUCAGGAAAUGGAACUGAUCAGAAACAAAGAGAGGCUCCAGUUCUUUAAGUGGUGUUCAAAAGCAUUUAAGAAUGUGAACGUGGUUCCUCCGGACGUUGGUGCAGUCCACCAGGUGAAUCUAGAGUAUCUGUCCAGGGUGAUUCAGGUCACCGACGACUUCAUCUACCCUGACAGUGUGGUGGGAACCGACUCACACACCACCAUGAUCAAUGGCCUGGGCAUCCUGGGCUGGGGUGUUGGGGGAAUUGAGACAGAAGCUGUGAUGCUGGGCCAGCCGGUGUCUCUGACUCUUCCUCAGGUGGUGGGCUGUAAACUGGUGGGCUCCAUCAACCCUCUGACAACCUCCAUAGACAUCGUCCUCGGCAUCACAAAGCACUUGCGGCAAGCUGGCAUCGCUGGAAAGUUUGUAGAGUUUUUUGGGCCUGGUGUAUCGCAGCUGUCAGCUCCUGACCGAACCACCAUCGCCAACAUGUGCCCAGAGUACAACGCCACUGUCAGCUUCUUCCCCGUCGACCAAGUCACACUUAAGCACUUUAAAAAGACAAAUUUUACCCAGGAAAAACUUGAAUUGCUGGAGGCUUACAUGAAGGCUGUAAAACUUUUCAGAAGCUAUGAAGAUGCCUCUGAAGAUCCCCAGUACUCUGAGGUGAUCGAGAUCAACCUGAGUUCCAUAGUGCCCUAUGUGAGCGGACCGAAGAGGCCUCAGGACAGAGUGGCUGUCAGCAGCAUGAAAGAAGACUUCCAGAGCUGUCUCAAUGAGAAGGUGGGCUUCAAAGGCUUCCAUAUCUCAAAGGAGAAGCAGGACACGCGGAUUCCUUUCCUGCACUGUGGUCAGGAGUAUCAGCUGGCCCACGGCUCGGUGGUCAUCGCUGCUGUCAUCAGCUGCACCAACAACUGCAACCCGUCUGUCAUGCUGACCGCAGGUCUGUUGGCCAAAAAGGCCGUGGAGGCGGGGCUUGUUGUCAAGCCUUAUAUACGGACCAGCCUGGCUCCUGGAAGUGGCAUGGUCACUCACUACCUCAAUACCAGUGGAGUCCUGCCUUACUUUAGCCAGCUGGGGUUUGAGGUGAUUGGUUAUGGCUGUGCCACCUGUGUAGGGAACACAGCUCCGUUACCUGAAGCUGUCGUGGAUGCAAUCAAACAGGGGGACCUGGUGGCCUGCGGUGUGUUAUCUGGAAACAGGCACUUUGAAGGCCGCCUGUGUGACUGCGUGCGUGCCAACUACCUGGCCUCCCCUCCCCUGGUGGUGGCGUAUGCUCUUGCAGGCACUGUGGGAAUCGACUUUGAGAAAGAGCCUCUGGGUGUGACUUCAGAGGGGAAGGAGGUGUUCCUCUGUGAUAUCUGGCCGUCCAGGGAGGAGGUCCAACAGACUGAAGAGGACACAGUCAUCUCCUCCAUUUUUAGGGAUCUCAGGGGAAGGAUGGAGAAAGGGAACGCACUUUGGAAAAACAUUGACAGUCCAGAUUCUGUGGUUUUCCCCUGGGAUCACAAGUCCACAUACAUCCGUUCACCAUCUUUCUUCAGCAAGUUGAGUAAAGAGGUGCAGCCUCCUCAGUCGAUAGAGAACGCUCAUGUCUUACUGUUCCUCGGGAACAAAGUGACCACGGACCACAUCUCACCAGCGGGCAGCAUCGCCAGGGUCAGCGCCGCUGCCAAGUACCUGCUGAGCAAACGCCUGACGCCGCGGGAGUUUAACUCGUACGGUGCUCGCAGAGGGAACGACGCAGUGAUGACCAGAGGCACGUUUGCCAGCAUCAAGCUCCAGAACAGAUUCAUCGGCAAACCAGGCCCUAAGACUUUGCACAUUCCUUCAGGCCAGACGCUGGAUGUCUUCGAGGCAGCUGAGCGCUAUCAGAGAGACGGCAUCCCCCUCAUCAUCCUGGCAGGCAAAGACUACGGCUCUGGAAACUCCAGGGACUGGGUAGCCAAAGGACCAUACCUGAUGGGGGUACGUGCCGUCAUCGCCGAGAGCUUUGAGAAGCUGCACAAGAACCAGUUGGUGGGAAUGGGCAUCAUGCCGCUGCAGUUCCUGCCUGGCGAGAACGCAGACUCGCUGGAGCUCAGCGGGAAGGAGAGGUUCACCAUCAUCAGGCCGGACAGCCUGAGUCCGAGGCAGCAGCUCACUGUCAAGACAAGCCAAGGGAAGUCCUUCUUCGUCACUGCACUGUUUGACACUGAGACGGACAUUAUCUUUUUCCAACACGGAGGUCUCCUUAGAUACGUUGCUCGGACUCUUCUCUGAAACCACCCCGCAGCCUGGUCCUAAGCCUUCUGAAUGUGCCCAGCAGUCACCAUCAAUUCACCAAUCGGUCUUCAGCAUGGACGAAAACCAGCUCGACGAUUUGUCUGUUUGAGCUGGAUGAACGUCUCCAGACUUUUGGAGCCACAAGACGUCAGCCGUCAGACGUGAGCUACUUCUUCUAUCACUACACGUGACUGUGUCUGCAGUCGCAACAGAGGCAGUCAAAAACAAAACGCAGAAGGACGUGGUGACAUUCACUCAAUAAGGGGAUUGUACCCUAGAUGACCUUUGAACAUUGUUUUUUGUGUUGUAUCGUGUUUGAGAACGAACUCGCAGCGUACAGAGGGGACAUUUCUUUCAUCACGGAGUUAAACCAAGAAGAAAUGGAUCCUAUCUGUUUCUGUUGUCAUUUAACAAAAUAAAACAGUCCUGCCCAGAGAGGCUAACAUGGUGCUAGGUACUACGGCACGUUGUUUCUUAGGGUGUGGUUCAUGUAUUUCUACCAACAUCCAUGCAAAGUCUAAUUUUGCAGAAUUGAUGUCAGUUGCCCAUAUUUCUUAGUGGGGCCAAACAAUCAUAUGUAAAUCAAAGUUCCCUUAAUAUUUCUUUAAUCAAAGUCCCUUUUGCAGUCGCCUCCUGAUACACUCAAUUUAUGUUAUGUGGAAGAUGUGAAACCCUCUUGUUGCUGUUUGCUUGUGUCACUAAGCUACAUAAAGAUGGCUCCGCCUGCAACUGACAGUCCUCCGCAUCACAUUAAAGGUCAUUUAUAAAAGUUUUUCAGCCUGAAGAAUUCAUUAAUAUUAAUUUACAAGGCUGCAGACGCCUCAAACGGUUUGAUUGAGUAUUUAAGUCAAGUAUUUAAAAUACAUUUUGUAUUCAAAGUUUAACUAUAUUAUAUCAAAGUGCAACAUUAUAAGUUUAGUCAACCGAACUGGUGCUGUGGUGAAAGGUAGUGGCGCUGGUGUUGCCGGCUGUGGUUACACUUGUCAUUUGCAUGUAAUUAUUUAUUUAUUUUCAAUUUUAGGUAUUUUGAAAAACAGAUUUUGUGUAAUCACACGGCUUUAUCACCCAAAUAGCUUUUUCUUUAGCUCCAGUGAACGUGUCCAGUUAAAUCUCUCUCCUGUCUGACACCGACUACCAUUAUUAGCAUUAUAGCAUUAUUAGCAUGAACAUUUAUUUAAAGGGAAUCUCCACAGAUUUGACACAUUUGUAGGUCGUGUAAAAAAAAUUUAAGCCUUUUUUGGCUGCCCGAAAUAUUAUGAAUUACCUUAAAUGGUGUCCUCAUGAGAGUAACUUAAAUAUUUUUCAACCUGGACUCUGUUUUCCUAUGUUUUUGUGUCUAGUGACUAACGAAGACGACAGUUUUUGAAGUUGGUCCAGUACUGAGUGAGAGCACUGCAACGUAAUUGCUCGUGGCUGUGGUUUAGGAGGUAGAGUGUGUCUACUAAUCCGAAGAUCGGUGGUUCAAUCCGCCCCUCGAGUCCACAUGUUGUAGUAUCCUUGAGCAAGAUACUAACCCUAAAUUGCUUCCAAUAGCUGUUCCAUCAGUGUGUGUGUUAAAGCUGAGUAGCAGGUGGCAUCUUGUACAGUAGCCUCGGCCACCAGCGUGUGAAUGGGUGAAGGUGACUUGUAGCGUAAAAAGCACUUUGAGUGGUCGGAAGACUAGAAAGGCGCUAUAGAAGUGCAAUUUACAUCCACUAAAAGUGCUGGUUUUUGCCACUGACAGGCUCAGAUUGUUAGAAGUGUUUAAUGUUUUGGAAAGGAUCCUACAGAGAUAGACCUUUUUUGUUUGGUCAGAAACAGCCCCGAAAUUGCUAUCAACCAACUGACCAAACUCCAUUUAAACAUUAAAUUUAAUCAAUAAUUUUAACAUCCCAAAACACACUUUAUUCGAAUUCGACAGAGACAAAAUAAAACUAACAAAAAGCAUCUUGGUUUGUCUUUAGGCUGUUCCAACAAUCACCAGCUCUGGUUUGGUUGAAGUAAAUCUUUAAUUCACCCAGUUAGAUGUGAAAAUUUGCUGGUUAUACACACCCUAAAAUGACUGUUUAUUUAAAUGAAGUCUUGUAUGUUCGGUGAUACGGAUUUUGGAGAACAGUUUCUGGCUGAACAAAAAGGUGUUACUCUUCAACAUAAAGGUCUGUCCAGGGUUUCCCGGGUCAUGGAAAACCAGGAGAAGCAAUGGAAUUUCACAAUCUCUUUGUCCAGGCCUGGAAAAGUCAUGGAGUUUGUAUAAAUCAUUGAAAAUUCUGGAAAAGUCCAUGUAAUGUAACAUAAUAGUGAAUUUAUUUCCUGUAAAUUACCCACGGAGAUAACAUAGCACUAAUAUGCGUCAAUUUAGGGCUGCUUGAUAUAUCAUUUCAGCAUCGACACUGCAAUGCAUAAUAGUCCUGUUGAACAAUGUGCAACGUCAAGUGAGUCAAAUUAGCUCAAACAAUUUUUUUGAUGCUCGAUACAAAUGGAAAAGCUUUAAAAAGUUCUUGUUUUCCAUGACUUAUACCUGUCAAGCCUUCCCUUUUUAGACGUUGCGUGUUUAUGUGAUGUGGUGUGGCGGCAUUUGCUACGGGAAGCAAGACUCUCUUGCAUAUGUGUGUGUAGAAAAGUACCAUAACCAAGCCGGCAAGUGCAACAGACAGAGUGACGUGCAAGCUUUUCUGAAAUGAAAAUUUUAAGACGGUUCUUGAAAAGUCAUGGGAAAAUUUUGAAAUCUUGUCCAUGAGAAUGUGUGGGAACCCUGUUUAUCUCUGUAGUAAUCCCACCCAUAAUGUUGUCAUCCACAGGUAAUUAAAACAAAAUAAAAUUACUAUUAUGUUACAUUACCUGGAAGGUACUGCAACAGUUAAUUUCAUUACAAACAAUGAAAUUCCAGGAGUUUUCCAAAACUUCCAAUGAUUUAUACAAACUCCAUGACUUUUCCAGGCCUGGAAAAUGACACUGAAAUUCCACGACUUCUCCAGGUUUUCAAUGACCGUGUGAACCCUGGACAGACUUUUUUAUUAAAGAGUAACAUCCUUUUUGUGUAACUAGAAACAGCCUUGAAAUUACCAUCGCUAAAUCCACCUGACUCCAUUUUAAAAAACCAGUCAUUUUAGGGUGUGUAUAACCAGCGCAUUUUCACAUCUAACUGGGUGAAUUAAGGGUUAAUUUGAACCAAACCAGAGCUGGUGAUUGUUGGACCAUGAUGGUUUUUUUGAGUUUUAUUUUGUUUCCAUCGACUUUGAAUCAAGUGUGUUUUGUGAUGUUGAAAUUAUUGCUCAUUUAAAUGGAGUCUGGUGAAUUGGUCGAUAGCAAUGUCCGGGCUGUUUCUGGUUAAACAAAAAGGUCUGUCUCUGUAGGAUUCUUUCCAUAAGGUUGUCAAACACUUAUAAUAACAAUCUAAAUCUGUCAGCAGCAAAACAAGCACUUCUAGUGGACGUAUAUUGAUGGUGUUGAAUGUCCUUAGUGGUUACAUUGCAGCCUGUUUCGCCGCUGCCAGCUGCAGUUGUCUUUAUUAGUCUCCUCGACACAAAAACAUGAGAUAAAAUAGGUCCAGGUUGAAAAAUACUUACGUUUCCCUUUAAGUCAAUGUCACUUGGGGCUGAAGACUAAAAGUUUGUAAAAUUUAAAAACUCACCAGACCUUUGUAACUCACUCCUCAUCUCUGCAGCCUUGGCUACAUUAGCUGCUGCUAGCACAACACCCAAAUCACUGUCUGAACCACAGGCUUGUGAAUUGCAUUGUGGGUAAUGUAGGCUUUAGGUUUUGUAAAAUAAGGCCAACAAAUACUUCCCAAAAUGGCAGACUAGUUCUUUACAUCGUCUCACUUCAACAGCUGGAUCAGGUUUCUGCUCCCUGUUGUGAUUUGACGAGACGUGUAGAUAGAAGCUGCACAACAAAAGACAAGUGUGAGCACAGCCCUUCAUAUCUUCGGUGCCUCUCAUGCCAUCAGUUCACUGUCCCUACAUCACUUAUUAAAUAUUACGAAAGCUCUUUGCAUGAGGAGAUUAUCAAAUCAUAUCCAGUGAGAAAUGACUGAUGAUCACUAGUUAUCAGUUAGCAGCUGAAUGGUGAAUGGACGCCAGCCCAGCCUAUAUACAAGUAUUGUUUAGUUUAUAACCCAUCAUAUAUUACAUGUAUGGAGGUACUGGAUUUUAAAAGUUCAGUGUGACAUCAUUGUUUUUGUGUUGGCUCUGUAUGUGCAUGUUCAAACCAUUUUAACUCAGUGAUUUUGGUGGAUAAUGGAACUUCCUUAAAUCGUCCCUUCAGUGUAUCAUGUCACAUUAUCUAGAAUGUGGAUUGGAGCCUUUAUGCAUUUAUAUUUUUUUAGAGAGCAUGAUAGAAAGCUGGCUGUGUUUAAGAGAAGUUAUUUAUUGAUUACCUACACUAUUCUGUGAUAUGUUGAAACCAUUAACUGCCUGAAACUGUGUAUUUGUUUUUGUCAUUUUACCAGUGAACAAUGACGGUGUUUUGUCAACUGCCAAAACAAGUUGAAACAAGUAGCAAGCUGUUAUGAGUCUCUCAUAGUUCCUGCACUGCUUCUCAUCACAGGACAUGAAGGUUCUUAGCUCCUCGGCCAGUCCUUCUUCACAGUUUGCCUUCCUAGUUUGGGGUUGUUUUGAUUAGAUAGUGAUAUGUGGAUGCAGCACAGUGUGGAAGCUUUGGCUGUAGUGUCAUCAUGUGUAGCAGUUUGCUUCCCAUUGUCACAGUUUAGGGAAGCAAAGUAUGCAAAACAAGUGCACUGCUGCACAUGUGAAAAGGUGUCUGGAUGUCUGUAACUCUGAAUCAUAUUGUACAUAGUUUUUAAUAAAUGGUAAAGGUUG